AUGUCGCAGAGAUACUCGCUCCGUCAAACGCCUCGGCAACGGACGGCUGUAAGCUGCAAGCCCUCCAUUGAGCUCUACAGUCAGUCUGCUCUGCUCUGCUCUGCACAGCUCAACUCAGCAUCGACAAUUUCAGCCAUCUUGCUACUGAACCAGGCGAGAUGCUGUCGCAAACAAUGCAACGCGGACGGGGUCCAUGUCGAUUCGAAGAAGGAGCCUUUCGAUGGCAUGGUCGAGACCCCUGGCCGUCGAGUGUCUUCCAAACGCAAGACGCCCCUCACUCUCGACGGAUCCGAUGCCGAUGGCGACUCGAGCUCUGCCGCGGAGACGACCUCCUUGCGCACCAGGUCGCUGAGGAAGCGCGGCGUCCCCAAGUUCACCGAGCAUAUAGACGACGAUGACACGCUGCCAAAAUCGAGUCCUCUGCUAGACGCGACCAACCUGCCUCCGCCUGUUGCGAAUGGCAAGCAUGAUUUCGAGGAAGAUCUGAAGCCCCAGCCAGCGACCAAUGGUCACGCGAACGGCGCCAAUGGUAAGGUGGCCGAGGAGAAGGUCGUCGACGGCUGGAAGCCUGGCAUGGAUCCCAAAAUCGACUACUCCGGCAACUUCGAGUUUGGCGGCUCUCUGGGCGUCUCGGCCAUGAUGAUCGGCUUUCCAUUGCUCAUGUGGUACAUGUGGAUCGGCGCAACCUACUACGACGGCAAGUUUCCAACGAGAGCUGAAGGCCAGAGCUGGGCCGACUUCUUUUCACAUCUCGGCCACCUUGUCUACACUGGCGCAUUUCCUCACCUCAGGGCAUGGGCCGCAUACUGGAUCUUUGGCGUCUUCGAGCUCUUCCUCUACAUCUUUGCCCCUGGAGUCUACGCAUACGGGAAGCCAUUGCCACACGAGGGUGGCAAGCAGCUCAAGUACUACUGCUCCGGCUUCUUCUCGCUGUACACCACCCUGGCCGUCGCCGCUGCCUUGCACCUCACCGGUGUCUACAGGAUCUCCGCUAUCAUCGACGACUUUGGCCCGCUACUGUCCGUGUCGAUCCUUUCGGGGUACCUUGUCGCUAUCAUCGCCUAUUUCUCCGCCAUCUACCGUGGCGCGCAGCACCGCAUGACAGGUUAUCCCAUCUACGACUUCUUCAUGGGCGCAGAACUUAACCCGCGUAUGUUUGGCAUACUUGACUUCAAGAUGUUCUUUGAGGUCCGCCUGCCCUGGUACAUCUUGCUCUUGCUUAGCGUUAGCAACGCUGUGCGGCAGUACGAGCAGUACGGCUAUGUGUCUGGCGAGGUCAUGUUCCUUGUGAUGGCGCACUGGCUCUAUGCCAACGCGUGCGGCAAGGGCGAGGAGCUCAUUGUCACGACUUGGGACAUGUACUACGAGAAGUGGGGAUUCAUGCUCAUCUUCUGGAACAUGUCGGGCGUGCCGCUUUCUUACUGCCACUGCAUCAUCUACCUCGCCAAUCACUCCCCCGAUGAGUACCGCUGGAACCGCGCCUUUCUCGUUGGCCUCUAUGUCUCUUACUUGUUUGUCUACUGGGUCUGGGACAGCUGCAACGGCCAGAAGAACAGCUUCCGGUCCAUGGAGAGGGGCACCUACACCAAGCGGAACACCUUCCCCCAGGUUCCUUGGCAGUCCAUUAAGAAUCCGCGCAAGAUUCCUACUGCCACCGGUGACUGCCUUUUCGUGGAUGGUUGGUACGGCAAGGCGCGCAAGCUGCACUACACCUGCGAUGCGUUCUUCGCUAUCUGCUGGGGCUUGAUCACGGGCUUCAGCAGCCCCUUCCCCUGGUUUUACCCGGUAUUCUUCUGCUGCAUGAUCGCGCACCGCGCUGCUCGGGACAUCGAGAGGUGCAGGGAGAAGUAUGGCGAUGCGUGGAAGGAAUAUGAGAGACAGGUCCCCUACCUGUUCAUCCCCACGCAGCCAAUGGACACGAUCCAGCUCACGCUUGUAGUAUUUUGGCCGAGGCCUCAACAAUAUGUCUCUAGAGGCGCCAAGUUGAACAGCGUACCUGGGAAAGCCCUCGUCGCAUACAAGCUCAUCCUGCAGGUGUCAUGCGCACAGGCUCACUGCGCGAUGGAGAGCAACGGCACGUAUAUCACCGAAAUGAUCUCCCACGACGUGCGCUGGUCAAGGACGCGUGGACAGAAGUUCCAGCAGGACAAGGCCGCCGUCUGCCUCAACGGUCCUCAGAAAACACUGAGUUUUCUCUAA